CGACUCUCCACAACUAACAGAGAGGCCAGGGAAAUCUCAGCUGUAAGUUUGCCUAAAAAAAUAGACAUUAUGAUGUAGCUAACCUAGCUAACAAACUAAAUGCGAAAUUAAGAAUGUGAUGUUUAUAUUGAACGUGUUUCAAAUGUCAUUAUUUGGUAGAUUCAUGGCUACUGGUUGCUAUUAUUCUAAGACUGGUUAUUUGUUGUUGGUUAGCUUAGCUCUGCUUUCUUAACAACUAACGUUAGGCUUGCCAGUUUUACUCCCUCUGAUUAGCCUGCAGCCUCCUCAUGAUGAUUGGUGUCAUUGCCAGACAUUUAUGCAACUGUAAAUGUAUACAGUAAACUUAGCUACUGUACUUUUUGCCAGGAAAUAGAAGCUUCACCGUGGAGUCACUAUGUCAUCAGAACAUGCAAGGCUUCUUCUACGGAGGCCUUUGCCCCCUAAAAAGAUUCCCCCCAUUGUGAAACCACUUCCUUCGCCUAUACUUUCAGGUAAACUACAGGGAUUAAUAUACAGGGGUUGAAUACAGGGGUUGCCCUAUUGCCUGGGGCAAGUCAACUGAGCAGUCCCGCAAGUUGAGCCUGCUCUGAGGUUGCCCAAUUGAGUGAUAAAAAAAGUCAUUAAAACGGAUAGCUUAAAACGGAUCUUUCUGCCUAGUUAACAAUUCUAGGGAGAGGGAACGUUUUUGUAAUGUUACCCCUAAUGUUCCCCUAAUGUUUGAGUGUCCAGUUUUCUGUUAGUUAGGGGAACAACAUUCUAUCUAUUUUAGCAAAAAACUUUGGAGAACCUUUUUAGAAUGUUUUGGUGUUAAAGUCAGGAGAACAUUCCCUUAAUGUCAAACAGAACUUAUCUAGAACGUGGUUACAAUGUUCUCAGAAUAUACACUGAACAAAAAUAUAAAAGCAACAUGCAACAAUUUAAGAUUUUACUGAGUUAAGAGUUCAUAUAAGUCAAUUGAAAUAAAUUAAUUAGGCCCUAAUCUAUGGAUUUCACAUGAUUGGGAAUACAGAUAUGCAUCUGUUGGUCACAGAUACUUUGGAUGGGCCUCAGGAUCUUGUCACGGUAUCUCUGUGCAUUGAAAUUGCCAUUGAUAAAAUGCAAUUGUGUUCGUUGUCCGUAGCUUAUGCCUGCCCAUACCAUAACCUCACCGCCACCAUGGGGCACUCAAAGUUGACAUCAGCAAACAGCUCGCCCACACAACGCCAUACAUGCUAUGCUGUCUGCCAUCUGCCCGGUACAGUUGAAACUGGGAUUCAUCCGUGAAGAGCACACUUCUCCAGCGUGCCAGAGGCCAUCGAAGGUGAGCAUUUGCCCACUGAAGUCGGUCACGACACCGAAUUGCAGCUUCCCUGAGACGGUUUCUGAGAGUUUGUGCAGAUAUUCUUCGGUUGUGCAAUUCCACAGUUUCAUCAGCUGUCCGGGUGGCUGGUCUCAGACGAUCCUGCAGGUGAAGAAUCCGGAUGUGGAGGUCCUGGGCAGGCGUGUGUGACAAGUACUGAGUAUACGAAGAGGCAGGAUGCAGACGCAGGAAUUAACAAGGUCAAGGUUUACUUAACAAAGACAAAGAGAAAUAACAAAGAUAGAGUAAACGACACGAAGCUGAACAAUCACACACAACAUCACCCAGAACAGUCCAGGGCUAAAUAGGGGUGGUGAUGAGAUGAUGAGGUGCAGGUGCGCUGGAGGUGAUUAGGGUGCGUUGGGUUUCCAUUUCGGUGUUGCCGAGGUGGUGCGCUCAGACCGGUGGCUCAGUAGGCCGGCGAAUCAGAGCGUCGGAGGGGAGCAACGGGAGAAGACGUGACAGCGUGGUUACACAUGGGCUGCGGUUGAGGCCGGUUGAAUGUACUGCCAAAUUCUCUAAAACGACGUUGGAGGCGGCUUAUGCUAGAGAAAUUAACAUUAAAUUCUCUGGUAACAGCUCUGGUGGACAUUCCUGCAGUCAGCAUGCCAAUUGCAUGCUCCCUCAAAACUUGAGACAUCUGUGGCAUUGUGUGGUGUGACAAAACUGCACAUUUUAGAGUGGCCUUUUAUUGUCCCCAGCCCAAGGUGCAUCUGUGUAAUAAUCAUUGUGUUUAAUCAGCUUCUUGGUAUGCCACACCUGUCAGGUGGAUGGAUUAUCUUGGCAAAGGACAAAUGCUCACGAACAGGGACGUAAACAAAUUUGUGCACAACAUUUGAGAGAAAUAAGAUUUUUGUGCGUAUGGAACAUUUCUGGGAUCUUUUAUUUCAGCUUAUGAAACGUGACCAACACUUUACAUGUUGCGUUUAUAUUUUUGUUCAGAAUACAACAUUCAUGUUCUAGAUGCGUUUUAAGAACAUUAAUGUGUCCAGUUUUCUGGGGGUUAGGAGAAUAUUCCAUCAACGUCCCACCAAACAUACACAGGACAUGGAUGCCAUGUUCUCACAAUAUUAAUGUUCUAGACACUUUUUAUUUUAUGUAUUCUUUUGUAUUUGACUCCCUUUAUCUCCUCAAUUACGAUCUUGUCUCAUCGCUGCAACUCCCCAACAGCUCGGGAGGAGAAGGUCGAGUCAUGCGUCCUCCGAAACAUAACCCGCCAAACCGCGCUUCUUAACAACUGCCCGCUUAACCCGGAAGCCAGCCGCACCAAUGUGUCGGCGGAAACACAUUUCACCUGACGACAGAGGUCAGCCUGCAGGCGCCCGGCCCGCCACAAGGAGUCGCUAGAGCGCGAUGAGCCAAGUAAAGCCCCCCCGGCCAAUUGUGCACCGCCCUAUGGGUCUCUUGGUCACGGCCAGUUGUGACACAGCCUGAGAUCGAACCCAGGCCUGUAGUGACACCUGUAGUGAUACCUCGCGAAGCAACAGCUGCUGUCUAUAUCCCCUCAUGAUUGCGCAUUUGUAAAAUAAACACAGACCGGACAAGUAGAUGCGCAAUGGAUUAUGGUCAUUGUAGUUAAUUACCACUUUUUCUGAGCUAAAUUAUGUAGAAUAUUGGCCUGUUACUCCGUACUACAUCACACAGUCAAGGCUGGAUCUGAUUUAUCUCUAGAGAGACUGUGCAAUGUGCGCAUUGAGCUCACAGAAUAAAAAUGAAUGAAAUGGAAUUCAAAUCAUUGAAUCGUUGUUAGUCAAUUAGUUGUUUAAAAAACGAAAAAUAACAGAAAUGUUGGUUAAUCGCUCAGCACUAUCUACGUUUGAUGCAACUGUUAAAGUGUCAUGGGAAGCUUGCAUUUGUUUCUUCCAGGUACAAUCAUAGACUCAUUGCCCUCAACAGCGAGAAGGGAUCUGAAGGACAGUGCCUCCGAGCGGAGUGAGUCAAGCUGCCACGUGCUUCCUCUUUGGGACUAUGACCCUGCAGCCUUCAGGGCGGCUCCCACUCCCCUGACCUCGGUCCCAUCCAUGCUAAUACCUAAAAUAAUUGAGGGCUUCCCCUGUAAACCCCCACGCACCCUUCACAAAAUCCCCCUCCUCGACCUCCUCAAGACAGACCCCAGAUACAUCCCCUCUCCCCCUAGCUUUAGCUUCAAUGAUUUUCUGCUGUACCCUAAUGGCGGCUGUGAGGCUCAGUCACUAGAGGGCCUGAAGAAAGUGGCCCUGUCUCGCUGCAACUACAGGAAGCUGGUUGGGCUUUUCCUGAUGGAGCUGCACAAAGGGCAGCAGACUGAGGUGUCCAAGCAGCUGAUGUCCACUGAGAAAUUGCCAGAGGCCAAGACCAGGAUCCCACAGAAGCAAAUCAUAUGCGGUACAUACUGUAUAUAAUAUGUUAAAGAUUACCUACCAUUGUAGUAGGCUAGAAUCCAGAUUGUGGUGUGUUCAUUAUGCACCAGUACUAGUGUUUUAUUUAGUGAGUAUUGUGUGACAAGGAUGCUUGCUUGUGUAAGUUACAGUGGUGUACUGUUUCUUCAUGCGUAGUGUAUGUGUUGUUAGUAUUUGUUGUGUGUUAUCUGAUAAGAGCUGGCAGCAUUGAUCCGUAUGGAGGUGCAAGCUCAGAUGAUGUGUCGGCGGAGCUGUGUGGGAGAUGGGACCUGCAGGUCUGAGCAGAAGUCUGUGGAGAUCUGGGUACCCCCAGGGGAAAGACAAGCUGUUAAGAAGCAGGAAAAUGUAUACCCAGGCAAGAACAUGUUUGCCUUCUCACUUACUAUAACAAAACCAACACUAUUGAGUUGUUUGUACAAAGCCAAGCUCAGUUUUUCUUGUAGCAAAUAAAUCAACAUUUCCUUUGAGCAGGAACGGAGGUGAUCCUGAACUCUGUGACAACCAAGAACUUCCAGGGCUCUCGGCGGACCCACUCCCCAUUCAGGCACUGUGGAGAGGCCAUCAGCCCAUCUGAGCUGGCCAUACUGGACUGUCUGACGGAGGGGGGCAAGGCACUCACCCUGAAGGUGCUGUGUGUUGUUUACUGUGUGUGUGUUUGUGUGGGUGUGUGUCAAAUUCUACAAGUCUGUUCUUUGCCAAUUAUUUAUGUAUCCUUUUCUUAUUAUUUUAUCAUUUAUUCCUUAUGUAUUGAAAACCUUUGUUCUCAGACUCUUUGCAGCAUUAUUGAGAGAGACAGAAACACAGCCAUCCCUUGUUCGAACUAACAUUAAAAGGAAAUGAAAUUUAGCAUAACAGAAAGUAGAAGAGGAAUAUGUGAGCUAGAGCUUCUCUUUUUCUCUGAACCUUGACUGAGGGAUUUACUGUGUGUUUUCUCAGGCCCACUUCAUUGCCCUGCUUCCUGAUCUGACUCCUCUGGCCCAGAGCCUGCUCUACCUCAACCUGUCCUUCAAUGACUUCACUAUCUUCCCAGUGGAGGUGAGAUGCUUUAUGAACUGAGGCAAACGAUGAGCAUGUCUUACCAAUAUAAUGGGGUUAUUUUAGAGCAGUGAUCAUCAACUAGAUAUUUGACUAAAACGAAUAAUUUCAAACCUUGCUUACGUUUGGAUACGGUCACAUACAGUAUAUCUCUCUACUAUGUGUGGGAAUACUUUGGAACAGAUUUCCUAAAUUAAAAUCACCCCCCCAAAAAAUGCUCAGAAAACUUGGGGGCUAAAUAAAAUCACCUGCGGCCCAAAUUAGGCACGCUGGCCGCCAGUUGGGGAACCCUGUUUUAGAGCCUAUUUAUCUGAAAAGGGAGUUCUGAAAGCAUGUUGCAAAAUGUCACUGCAAUUCCAUGGCAUGACAACUUCCAAAUAUCUCUUCCCCUCUCUCUCUCUAAACAGGUGUAUGAGCUCACACAGUUGGAGGUGCUGAAGAUGAGAGACAACCCCAUAGAGGAGAUUCCUACCGGCAUCCACAGACUCACCAGGCUCAAAACCUUUGUCAUCUCCUUCUGCAAGAUCACCUCCCUGCCGCCGGAGUAAGCCACAAGGGGGCGCUACAGUGUUGGGAACCUGUUAUACACAGUGUUAUAAACUGACCCUGCUGUUAGAAGUCUCUGUCGGUGUCCCAGAUCUGAGUCCUGUGCUGUUGGUCCUACCUACAGGCUGUACCAGCUGCCCACCCUGCAGUUUCUAGAUGUAUCCUACAACCUCCUCUCAUCCCUAACUAAUGACAUCAGAAAACUCAGGUACAGUCCAGAGUAGGCAGUAAGCCUGCAAAGACCAUGAUAUGGAGCUUUUUCCAAGGUCUUACAUUGUAUGGGGGUAACUCACCCGCCACCACCACCUUUGUAUAGUACCCACCUUGUGUUAUUGUUUAAAUGUAACAGAACACCUCUGUCUGCAGGACUCUGGAGUACCUGAAUGUGGAGGGGAACCAGCUGCCUGGUCUGCCCUGUGGGGCCCUGCGCCUCUCCCUCACCCAGCUCAGGAUCUCCAACAACUACAUGCACCCCUACUUCUGGAAGAGCUGCAGCCAAAACUCCCCCCAGGAGCUGCAACACUCAGCCACUAUGACACUCUCUCUCACAGACACCUGUCUGCGCUAUGCCAGCCUACCCCCUGAGGCACAGAUGGCCCUUAGCAGGUAGCCUAUUUACACAACCCUGAUCAGAUUCAACUAAAUAGAUACACAGUAUAAAAGAUAAACUCCAUGUUUUGUUUUUUUUAGGUAAAAGAGUUGACUGUUUCAUUGAUAGUGUGUGUGUUUUUAUGUGUCCCCAGGGUGGGUGUGUGUGACUGCUGUAGGGGUCCUAUGUACGGACCUGGACUCAAGGUGAUCCGGCCCUGCUACAACAUCUUCGGACUACACAGGGUGCCCUUCAUCUUCAAUGCCUGCACCCCAGCAUGCCACUGGAACUUCAAGAACCAGACCAAGAGUCUAUCCAGUGUUCUGUAUGGAGAAGACACAACUCACAAUAGUGAACAAGUAACAAGACUAUGAAGGAACCAAUACUGAGGCUACUGUAUCUUGGCCUGAAUAGCCAAAGACCUCUGGACAUCUAUCUCAUCAGGACUACUAAUCUUGUGCCAAAUUGUAACCUUACCAUUACUGAUGUAACUGUCUUUAUAUAGCCUUGAGUAGUUGUCUGCAAAACAUGUAUUUUGCAUAGCAAGUGCAUGUGAAUACUCCCAUAAUUAUGGCACUUUUAAUGUCUACAUUUUCCAUUGACC